AUGAGAGGUGAGUUUAAUGGAUUGCAAGCUUUGAUUAUAAAAGAUUGUAGAGGUGCUUAUUAUGUUCAUUGCUUUGCUCAUCGAUUACAAUUGGCUUUAGUUGCAACAUCAAAAAAUGUGACACCUAUUCAUCAAUUUUUUGAUAGAUUAACUUUUAUAGUUAAUAUUGUUGGUUCUUCAUGUAAGCGUAAUGAUGAAUUGAAGAAUGCUCAUGCGGAUGACAUUGCACAUUUGAUUGCAAUUAAUGAACUCGAGACAGGGCAUGGACUUAAUCAAAUGGGUACUUUACAACGAGCUGCUGAUACACGCUGGAGUUCUCAUUUGAGAUCAUUGAAAGGCCUAAUUAAGAUGUUUAGUGCAUCGUGUACGGUAUUGCUCAAGGUUAUGGAUGAUGGGCUUCCUUCUCAACGAGCAGAUGCAACAUCUGUUUAUGAGGAAAUGACUUCUUUUGAUUUUGUAUUCAUCUUGCAUCUUAUGAAUGCAAUGGAGCUGGUAUUAUCUACCAAGAAUUUACUUCAACAUAUGAGGGAUAACAAAUGGAAUGAUUUGCUUGCAAAAGUGAAAUCUUUUUGUGAACUUCGAAAUAUUGAUAUUCCAGAUUUUAAUGCUCCGUAUAUUGAUAGGCAAGGACGAGCCCGCGUUCGUCAAGACAAUUUCACCAUUGAGCAUCAUUAUCAGGUAGAUCUCUUUUAUGCUUCUAUAGAUUCACAGUUGCAAGAAAUUAAUGGACGCUUUAGUGAUGAUGCUAUGGAAUUUCUCAUUCUUAGUAAUGCCUUAAAUCCUCAAAAUGCGAUGGAGUCUUUCAAAAUUGAGGAUAUUUGUAAAUUAGUUGAAAAGUUUUAUGCCCAAGAUUUUACAAAAGAUGAAAAAGAGCAAUUGGAGAUGCAAUUGAAGCAUUACGAGUAUAAUGUAGUCAAAGGACCCAACUAUAAAAAUCUUUCAACUAUUUCAGAAUUAUGUCAAUGGUUGGUGAAGACUAACAAAUCUGUUACAUACAACCUCAUUUUUAGAGUGAUCAUACUUGUGCUUACUCUUCCGAUUUCCACUGCUACUACAGAACGAUCAUUUUCUGCGAUGAAUAUUGUGAAAACAAGGCUUCGGAGCAAAAUGGAGGAUACUUUUCUCUCGGAUGCAUUAAUGGUAUAUAUUGAGAGAGAAAUUGCUAAAAAUCUAGAGUCAUUAUUGACAUGGAAAGUGGAAGGUCUAGACUCUAGAGAGUUUGGUUUUGUGACUUUUACAUGCAGUGAAGAAGCUUCAGUUGCUAUAUGUGGCAUGGAUGGGAAGCUUGACAGAAAAAGGAAAAAUACCCGACAACUUGCAGCUAAAUCCAUCGACAGCAGCCCUUUCACGUGCACACCAGUCGUCAAACGAAUUCCAAUAGAUAGUACCUCCGCUUUUUGGCCAACCAAACGGAUGCCGACGACGAGAGACCUCACAAAAUUCGAUCAACCAAGAAAAUCCUCAGUUGAUCUCCGCUUCGACUCGGGGGAUCAUGGAGCCGUAGGCGCCAGCAUAGCCACGCCUAAGGAGGGCCGGGCCGGGACUGUGCGUCGGCACAAGACGAUCGAUCGAUCGAGGCAAACCCGGGGCUACGAGAUCGCCGCCGAUUCGUCUCCCUCCGCCGUAGAGAUGCGCGAGCUCCGUGGCAUUCGAUGA